AAUGGCACUCAUUUUAAAACAGAGAAAGUGAUAUAACUGUUUGUGUUACUACUAGUAACAUUGACUUAUACAUAUUAUUAGACAUAUAAAUAUUGUGGUGGAGUUUUGAUCUAUAAAGAUAUAUAAAGAUUAUUAGACAUAUAAAUAUUGUGGUGGAGUUUUGAUCUUUGGAAUACAAUCUUAAUUACAUUGAAGAUAUUCAUAUUCAUUCAUAUCAGUAAAACAAUAUGGGAAAUUAUAUUCUCAAACUAUGUUAUGCAUUACUUUUCAUUUUGUUGAACUCUGCACUAUCAAUCAAUGGUUAUUUCAACUCAACAAGUAGGACUAAAGAAGUAAAAUGCAAAGAGAGGGAGAGAAAAGCACUUCUCAGGUUCAAACAAGGCAUCCAAGAUGAUUAUGAAAUGCUUUCAACAUGGAGGGAUGAUGAGAAAAAUAGUGAUUGUUGCAAGUGGAAAGGAAUUAGAUGUAGCAAUGAAACAGGUCAUGUGCUCAUGCUUGAUCUUCAUGGUAGGAAUUUGAUAGGUCCAAUCAAUCUUAGCUUAUUGAUUGAGUUACAAAAUAUCAAAUAUUUGGACCUAAGUUGUAAUUAUUUUCUUGGUAGUUACAUACCAGAACUUAUUAAUUCCUUCAGAAGAUUAAAAUAUUUGAAUAUUUCAAGUUCUGAAUUUAAUGGAAGGAUACCUAACCAACUUGGAAAGCUUAAGAAUUUACAAUAUCUAGAUCUUAGAUACAAUGAUAAGCUUCAAGGAAACAUUCCUCAAGAACUUGGAAAUCUCUCACAGCUCAAGUAUCUUAACAUUCAAGGAAACAAACUUGUUGGUGAAAUCCCUUGUGAACUUGGAAAUCUAGCAAAACUACAGUUCCUUAAUCUUGGAGGAAAUUUUCUGGCAGGAGCAAUCCCUUAUCAACUUGGAAAUCUUGCACAGCUGCGAUUUCUUGAUCUUGAAGACAAUUCGUUAGAUGGAACAAUCCCUUUUAAGAUUGGUGAGCUUUCGAUGUUGCAGUCACUAAGGUUAGGUGGAAAUUCUAAUCUUAAAAUUAAUAAGCAAAAUUAUGCUGAUGCAAAGUGGUUAUCUAGUCUCUCUUAUUUGAAAAAUCUUGACUUGAGUUCGUUUAAUAUCGGCCAUUCUCAUCAAUGGUUGCAAAUGGUCAGUAAGAUUCUUCCAAAUUUAAGAGAACUUAGGGUAAGUGAUUGUGAUCUUUCAGAUAGAAAUAUUUCUCCUUUGUUUGAUUCCUUUUGCAAUGUUUCUUCGUCUCUUACCGUCCUUGAUCUCUCUUCUAAUAUGCUAACAUCAUCAGCACCCUUUAAGUUGCUAUUCAACUUUAGCACUAACUUAAAGGAGCUUUAUCUUUCAAAUAACAAUUUGGUUUUGUCAUCUUUGAGUUUGAAAUUUCGGUCUCUCUCGAUCCUCGACCUCUCUCAUAAUAAGUUGACACAAAUUGCAUCUCAUGACAAUUUCAUUUUCAACUUCAGCUCCUCAAAAUUUCAAAAGCUUUAUCUUCGAAAUUGUAGUCUCACAGAUAAAAACAUUCCUUUACCAUCUUCAUCCAAUACAAAAGUCUUAUCUUCUCUCGUCUUCCUCGAUAUAUCAUUCAACAUGUUGAAAUCAUCAGUUAUAUUCCAUUGGCUAUUUAAUUUCACCACCAAUCUUCAUAGGCUUCAUCUGUCAAAUAACUUGUUGCAAGGUCCGAUUCCAGAUAACUUCGGCAACAUAAUGAACUCUCUUGAAUAUGUCAACCUCUCUUAUAACAAACUGCAAGGCGAGAUUCCAACAUCCUUUGGAAACAUAAAAACAUUGCAAAUUUUAUUUCUUUCCAAUAAUCAAUUAAAUGGGAAAAUACCUAAAAGUAUCGGCUUGCUAUCGAUGUUGGAGUAUCUCAUCUUAAACAAGAACUCCUUGGAGGGUGAAGUCAAUGAAUCACAUUUUACUAACUUGUCGAAUUUGAUAAGGUUAGACCUAUCAUACAAUCAUUUGUCUCUAAAAUUCAACACUAACUGGGUUCCACCGUUUCAAUUACUUAGAUUGGAACUAGCAUCUUGUAAGUUAGGUCCAAGUUUUCCAAGAUGGCUUAAGACACAAGGUUCCUUGUUGAGUCUGAAUAUUUCAAAUGUGUCGAUUGUUGACUCCGUACCAGUGUGGUUCUGGCACAUGUCACAACAUAUGUAUGCAUUGAAUCUUUCCUACAACAACUUGAGAGGCACCAUUCCAGAUUUGCCACUAGCAUUUACUUAUUUUCCGAUAUUGAUUUUGACUUCAAACCAAUUUGAAAGUUCAAUUCCAUCAUUUAUGUUGAAAGCAGCAACAGCAUUGCAUCUUUCUCAUAAUAGAUUCUCAAAUUUUGAUUCACUUUUAUGUGACCAAAAUAAUACAUUUAGUUCCUUGGGAAUUUUAGAUGUAUCAAACAAUCAAUUGAAAGGAGAGAUACCUGAUUGUUGGAAUAAUCAUAAGUCAUUACAAUAUCUUGAUCUAAGCAAUAACAAGUUGUCAGGAAAGAUUCCACCAUCCAUCGGCGCACUUGUGAAUUUGAAGGCUUUGGUUUUGCAUAAUAAUAGUUUGAUUGGGGAACUACCUUUUUCCAUGAAUAAUUUGACCAAUUUAACAAUGUUAGAUGUUGGUGAAAAUAAAUUGUCCGGUUCAAUUCCUUCGUGGAUUGGAGAAAAUCUAAGCCAAUUAGCUGUGCUGAGUUUACGCGUUAAUCACUUCAUUGGAAGUUUACCGUCACAGAUUUGUUAUCUUACUCAGAUCAAACUUUUGGAUCUCUCAGAAAAUCACUUAUCAGACACAAUUCCAAAAUGUUUAUACAACUUUACUGCUAUGGCUGCAAUAAGUAUGAACAUGAUUAUGAGUGAUAAUGUAAGUCAUAACUAUCAUAAUAAUAUUACUGGCAGUAGGUAUGAUUACUACAUUUCGCUUAUGUGGAAAGGCGUCGAAGAUGUGUUCAAGAAUCCUGAGUUGCUUCUGAAGAGUAUUGAUCUGUCAGGAAAUAAUUUAACAGGAGAAAUACCUAAAGAAAUAGGGUUACUAUUAGGAUUGGUGUCUUUGAAUUUAUCAAGGAACAAUUUGAGUGGCGAAAUAAUGCAUGUGAUCGGGAAUUUGAAAUUGCUGGAGUUUCUUGAUUUGUCUAGGAAUCAUGUAUGUGGUGAAAUUCCUUCCAGUCUUGCUCAAAUUGAUCGUUUAAGUGUAAUGGAUUUGUCAAACAAUAAUCUCAUUGGUAAAAUUCCAAUUGGAACGCAGUUACAAAGCUUUGGCGCAUCUAGUUACGAAGGAAAUCUAGGCCUUUGUGGAAAGCCACUAGAAAAAGCCUGCUCAGAUGAUAAUGAUGAUGUGCCGUUGUUGGUGUUUGAUAAUGAGAUCGAAGAUGACGAGUCAAGUUUCUAUGAAACAUUUUACAUGAGUUUGGGACUCGGUUUUGCUGUUGGAUUUUGGGGAUUCAUUGGACCGUUAUUACUUCUUCGGUCUUGGAGAUAUUCCUAUAUCAGAUUCUUAAACAGAUUCAAUGACAGUAUGCAUGUCAUGGCAAUGCGUUUGUAUUUAAUCGGUUGUACAGUAGAUAAGCUCAUGUUCUAAUUCACUUUUUGGUCCGUAGAUCAAGUGGCAAACAACACCAUUUGAAACUCGCAUACAAUUGUAAGAUCUGAGUUCGAAUCCGAAUGUGGAUGUUCAACCUUACAAUAGACAUUGUCAAAUGAGCUAAACCAUGUGGAUCUUGUUUUUUCGCUUCUAAUAUAAAUUAUAAAUU